AUGUCGUGCAAAAGUUUCGAGGGCAAGGCAGUGAUAGUCACCGGUUCCAAUUCCGGAAUCGGUGAAGCUAUCGCGCUGCUGUUUGCUCGCAAGGGUGCUAUGGUCACACUUUGUGGGCGGGACGAGAAACGGCUGGAAGAAACCCUGAACAAAUGUAUAGAGGUGAGUGGAGGGGCCUCGGGGAGGUUCGUGUGCGUGGCCGGUGACGUCACGGAAGAAAAAGCUCGGAAAGAAAUCGUCGCAAAAACUGUUGAGACAUUUGGAAAACUCGAUGUGUUGGUUCCUAACGCCGGCGUUUGUCCUUCGUCUAGCAUCGUGACUGAUACGGAGGAGAUGUUUGAUUUAAUCAUCAACACCAAUUUGAAGGCUGUGUAUUUUCUCAUUCAAGAAGCCUUGCCUUAUUUGGAGAAGACCAAGGGGAAUGUUGUGUGCGUGUCCUCUAGCUUGACGUCACACCCACUUCCGGUUAUGGAGAUCUACCAGAUGAGCAAAGCUGGGAUAGACCAUCUCGUGCGUACAUUGGCGCUCUCACAGGCUCCUAAAGGUAUCCGAGUGAACGGCGUCAACCCAACCCUGGUGGUGAGCACGAGACUCUUUGGCCGUGACGAGACCAACAGAAGAAUGCUGAGCAGUCUGGACGAAGACUUCGGCAAGAAACAUCCGCUCCACGGGCGAGCCAGCACAGUGGAGGAACAGGCGGAGGUUGUCGUGUUCUUGGCUGGCGGAGGGGCCGGGUUCGUCACAGGACAGAGCGUCACUGUGGACGGGGGUCUGUGUUUGGGGAAACGGCCAUAG